AAGUGAAAGCAAAGAGCAGAGCAGCGGAGCUCAGUGUCUGUGCUGUGAAGGUUUACUUUUAUGAACCUACAGAUAAUACAAAGACAGUUUUAAAAAGAUCUGCUCAUCAGUGAAUUCUGAAAAAUAAAAUCUGUGAUGGAAGAAAACUGAAGAAAAAAGUAAAAGCAGUCAUGAAGGUCCAGAAGCGAUGGAGCUGCUUUGUGUUCUUUCUACUCCACAUGACACACGUCGCCUGGACACAGAGUUUUCAAGUUAUUGGACCUUCCUCAGCUGUUUUUGCUUUAGUUGGUGAAGAUGUCACCCUACCAGCCUCACUCUCACCAGCUAUCAAUGUUCAGGGGUUUGAGGUCAGGUGGUUUCGAGACGACUUUGACUCUCCAGUACUUUUAUACCACAAUCUCCAAAUCAGACCUGAGCGCCAGAUUCAAUCCUAUAAGGGAAGGACUGCGCUCUUCCUAGAAGAACUUGUAAGUGGAAACGUAUCUCUGAGACUCCAGGAUGUCCGUGCUUCUGACAGAGGCCUCUACAGAUGUUUUGUUGAUUCUGGACCAUGGAAUGAGGAGGCUGACAUCACUCUGAAAGUUGAAGUUGUGGGCACUCGGCCCUCCAUUUCCAUCAGCACUGCAGAGGACCAGCAGACUAGACUGGAGUGCAGCUCUGAGAAGUGGAGCUCUCAACCUAAAGUCACCUGGAGAGACAUGAGUGGUGUAGAUGUGACGUCAGCGUCCACCAUAACAGUACAACGGGAUGAUGAGGGUCUCCUCAGGGUCAGCAGUGUCAUCCCCAUCAAGUGGGAGUUCAAUGUGUUCUCCUGUCUGAUGAGAAGUAACACAACCAAACCGGCCUAUCAGUCCAAAGUGGGGGUCUACGUUUUCUCCCCUGGUAUCUCUGGCUGGUCGGUGGUCUUCUGGUUAUCGUUGGCUUUUUAUGUGGCAGUGACCAUUGUGCUGAUAUUAAAAUGGCGAAAAAUGAAAGACAAAAAUGCAAGAUAUAAGACCAAAGUUAACUUCUUCCAUGUCUGGAACCUGCUGAAGGAAACUGAGAUGACACAGCAUCCAGGGUUGACUCUGAAGUUUUCUAAAGUUAUUAAAGAAUUCACUUCUGAAGAUCUCACUAAGAUCACCGAGCACUACAAGCCCCAGCUGGUCUAUGUGAUGAACUUGGAUAUCAGCAGCGUCCUGCAGAGCCUGGUCACCAAGCAGAUCCUCACAAAUGAGGAAGCACAGAGACUGAAAGCUAAAGAAGAGUUUGAAAGGGCAACAGGUGUGGAGUCCUUCAUCAGUGAUGUGAUGAAGAAGAACAGAGCAGUCCUGGUUGGUCUGUGGGAGGUACUGGCUGAAGAGUUUGUGAGAUUUCCAUCACCAAACCUGAGAAGAAUCCUGGAAGAGGUGACCAAUGGGGGAGCAGACUUCCUGAAGGAGAUGCAGGCCAGUGUCCAGUCACCUUCUGUUGGUCCUCACAUCAAAGACCUCCAUGAGAUGCACAGAGCCAUUGUGUGUGAAUCUACAAUAGCUCUGAAGGAUCAUGCUUCUUCUGCCGUUCCUCACAGCACAGCUGGGUACACUGAGUUGAUGGUCAUUAAACAGAACACAAGGACACUUAAGGAGACUGAACAUGAACUUGUGAAUACUGGGAGGACUCAUGAAGAACUCAAGAAUAAGGAAACAAAAAAGAAAUGUGAGAGAAUCUGGACUGAGCAGAUUUUCAAAAGAAGUCCUGGAAGUGAGACUUCCCCCCACAUUGUACUGGUCAGUGGAGUGGCUGGAAUUGGGAAGACCACCAUGAUCCAGAAGGUCAUGUUUGAUUGGGGCGGAGGCACUCAGUACCAGAGGUUUGCAUUUGUGUUCCUGUUUAAAUUCAGAGAGCUUAACCUCCUAGACAAUGAGACUGAGCCACGUAUGUCACUGACCAGGCUAAUUGAAAGGCACUAUAAACACCUGAGUGACUCAAGACUAACAGAAAUCCUGCAGAAACCUGAAUCUCUUCUUCUUAUAUUUGAUGGACUGGAUGAGUACAAACACAAACUGAACUUCACAGACAGUCAGCUCUGCUCAAACCCAGACGUUGAGGUGCCUGUCCACAUCCUGGUCACCAGUCUGGUCAGUCGGACAUUACUGAAGGGCUGCUCAGUCCUGAUAACAAGCAGACCAACAGCCCUGGAAGCCAUGGACAUGGAAAGAGUCGAUCAGUUUGUAGAAAUUCUGGGGUUCCUCCCUGAACAAAGGCUGACAUAUUUUAAGAAGUUCUUCAGUGACACUGCUCUGGGUGUCAAGGCUUUUCAGUAUGUGGAGGAGAUCGGCAUCCUGUACUCCAUGUGCUUCAGCCCCUCAUACUGCUGGAUGAUCUGCUCUGUGUUGAAGAGCCACUUCAUGACCUCUAAAAAAGGGCGAGGAGCUGCCCCAAGAACUGUCACUGAGAUCUUUAUGAUGUUCCUUCACAACAUCCUGACCAAUUACAGACAAGAAGCCAAGUACCAGAGGGAGAUUCUGGUCAGACUGGGGAAAAUGGCCUAUAAUGGGGUAGACAAAAAUAUUUUUGUGUUUUAUAACAAUUUUGAGAUGUCCAUUUUCGGUCUUCAGCCAGUCGUGUCCUCUUCAUUCCUCUAUGGGUUUCUGGACAGUCAAAGCACUCCGGAACACUCUAUGUACACCUUCUAUCAGGUCACCCUGCAGGAGUUCAUGGCCGCCUGCUCCUUCUACUUUGAUCCAUCAGGAGAUGUGGAGGAACUGCUGAAAUACCUCAACUUAUGCGAAGAUGGCCGAUUUGAGAUUGUCACUCGAUUCCUGGCAGGACUGGCUUGGUGUCCUGUGUUUAAAGCAUUGGAGGGAAUUCUGGGGGAGUUUGAGGGGAAAACCACACAGCGGAUACAGGAGUGGGUGAGGCAGAAAGCUAAACAGGCGCUACAAUGGGAAGAUCAAAGUGAAACUCUGCGAGUUUGUCACUGGCUCUGUGAGACUCAGAAUAAGGAAUUAAUUAGAGACGCCAUUGGAGAGGAUUUAAAGAUGGACUUUAGCAGUAUGACUUUAUCUUCUGUGGACUGUGCUGUGUUGGCUUCUGUCAUCAGCUGCUGUGGAGAGCUUAAAGAACUUGACCUGUCAGGAACCCCUCUGACCCCCGAGUGCAUCAGGAGACUGGCAGGGGGGCUCAGCUGCUGCCAUGUAGUCAGGUUGUCUGAAUGUGGUCUCACCUCGGCCUGCUGCUCAGCUCUUUCCUCAGUCCUCUCAUCUCCAAACUCUCAGCUGACUGAACUGGACCUGAGUAACAACAACCUCGGAGAUUCAGGGGCUCGUCAGCUGAGUGAGGGGCUCAGGAGUGACACACUGUAAAUUAGAGAAACUGUGGCUGUCUGAUAACGGGAUCAGUGAGAGUGAGGAGAGGAACCUGUGAUCAGUAGAGGAGGAGCUGAGGUGGUCUGGACGUCAGCUGACUAUCUACACAUGAGAAGACCCGCAGUGAUGAUCAGACUGACCCCCCUGUCAGUGACAGAGCCCCCCAUCCACUCACCCCUAAAUUCUCCUCUUUCUUCUUUUUCUUCUCCUCUCAGCUCUGCUCCUCAUUUAAUAAACUCUCUGUGUCCCCUCA